UGCCUUCCACAGUACGAUCUCCCACUUCCUACUAUUUUUUACUAUUUUAUUGCUAUUUUACGGAGGGAUACGGAAGAAGUAGUGUUGAAGUGUCUUACUUUGGAGUUAACUGAACUUGUAAAACGGAUCCGAGACGAAGUGACGCAUACAAAGUCUCGGACGAGGUUUGUUAUUUGGAAACAUGGCAGAGUAUCUGGAUUCGGAGGCAGAUGUGAGCGAGGGUGAGGAGGAGUUGGAUCAAAAUGAAAAAAGAAAGCUCAAAAAAUUCAAGGCGAUGGAGGAGAGCGACGACGAGGAAGACGAUGACGAGGAUCAGAUACGCGAGGAGUUAAAAGAUUUGAUAGAUGACAAUCCUAUAGAGGAAAGCGAGGGUGAAGAUAGCGAUGGUUCUGAUCAUCAUAAGAAGCGUAAGAAGAGUGACGAUGAGGACUUUGAUGAUCGCUUGGAAGAUGAAGAUUACGAUUUGAUUGAAGAAAAUUUAGGUGUUAAACUUGAAAGGAAACGCUUCAAGCGUCUUCGAAGGAUUCAGGAUGAAGAGUCGGAGGAAGAGCAGGAGAAGGAAGUGGAUGAAGAACGAGACGCUAUUGCCAACGAAUUGUUUGAAGGUUCUGGAGAUGAAGAUGAAAGGCGAAGCGAACGAAGCCACAGACCUGAGGCUGAAACUUUUGAGGAAGGCAGUGACGAAGGCGAAUAUACUGACGCGGAUGAUUUUAUCGUCGAUGACGAUGGCAGACCUAUCGCGGAGAAAAGGAAAAAGAAGAAGCCGAUAUUUUCCGAUGCAGCGUUGCAAGAAGCGCAGGAUAUUUUCGGCGUUGAUUUCGAUUACGACGAAUUCGGCAAAUAUGGGGCGGAGGAUUACGAAGAGGAAGAGGAGGAAGAGGAGGAGGAUGAAUACAUGGAUGAAGACGUCGACACUGAGCGUCCGCGGCGACCUAAGAAGCAGCUGAAGAAAAAGACAACGAGGAAGAGUAUCUUCGAGAUUUACGAACCUAGCGAAUUGAAACGCGGCCACUUCACCGACAUGGACAACGAGAUACGUAACACAGAUAUACCGGAAAGAAUGCAAUUGCGGUCCGUGCCGGUUACGUCGGUUCCCGAGGGCUCGGACGAACUGGAUCUUGAGGCGGAGUGGAUCUACAAGCAGGCGUUCUGCAAGCCCACGAUCUCCAUUCAGGACGCCCAUUUGAACGCCGAGGCGAAAGAACGGGCGCGAAAAGGACCGCAAACGAUCGGCAAGAUUAAGAAGGCCUUGGACUUCAUGCGUAAUCAACAUUUUGAGAUUCCUUUUAUAUCCUUCUACAGGAAGGAAUACGUGCUGCCCGAGCUAAACAUUAACGACUUGUGGAAGGUGUACAAAUUUGACGCGAAGUGGUGCCAGCUGCGCCAGCGGAAGGAGAGUCUGCUCAAGCUGUUCGAGAAGAUGCGCAACUAUCAGUUGGACGAGAUCAUGAAGAAUGCGGACGCGCCACUGUCGGACAAUGUGCGCGUGAUCAAGGACGAUGAUAUCGAGCGACUGAAGAAUGUGCAGACGAGCGAGGAGCUGAACGACGUUUAUCAUCACUUCAUGCUGUACUACAGUCACGAGAUCCCGGCGAUGCAGGAGACCGUGCGGCAGAAGGAGAAGGAGGCGCGACGCAGGGAGAGACUCGAGCGGCGUAAGCAGCAGAUCGCCGAGGCCGAGGAGAACGGGGAGGAUCCGCCGGAGGAGGACGAGGCGCAGGAGGAGGACGAAGUCGACGACACGCUGAAGCAGGCGGUGAGAAGCGGCUCGUACUCGCUCUGCCGGAAGGCCGGCCUGGACGGCUUGGCGAAGAAGUUCGGCCUGACGCCCGAGCACUACGCCGAGAACCUGCGCGACAAUUAUCAGCGUCACGAAGUGGAUCAGGAGCCGACCGAGCCGACCACGAUCGCGAACGAGUACUGCAGCACGCAAUUCAAGUCCGAGGAGGACGUGCUGAAGGCCACGCAGCUGAUGGUGGCUAUUCAAUUGGCGCGCGAGCCCCUCGUCCGCAAAUGCGUGCGCGAAAUGUACAUGGAGCGCGCGAAGGUCUCGGUGAAACCGACGAAAAAGGGCACGAAGGAGAUCGAUGAGAAUCAUCCGAUUUACACGAUGAAGUAUCUGAAGGACAAGCCGGUGCGCGAUCUUGUAGGCGUGCAGUUCCUGAAUCUGAUGACCGCCGAGGAGGACAAGCUCAUCGCCAUCACCUUCAGCGACAGUAUUGAGGGCAACACCAGCAGCAACUACGUCGACGAGAUGAAGCAGCUUUACUGCCGGGACGAGUUCAGCAAGCUUGUGCAGGACUGGAACGCGCUGCGCGUCGGCAGCGUCGAGAUCGCGCUCAACCGCAUGGUGAUACCGCACUUGAAGAAGGAGCUGCGCAUCAAUCUGAUCGCCGAGGCGAAGGAGUGCGUGAUGCGCGCCUGCUGCCGCAAGAUGUACAAUUGGAUCAAGGUCGCGCCUUACAGCUGCGAGUUUCCCGAGGAAGAGGACGAGGAGUGGGACACCGGCAAAGGGCUGCGCGUCAUGGGUCUGGCUUACGUGCCCGACUACUCUCAGGCGGCCUUCACCUGCCUCGUCGCGGCCGACGGCGAGUGCACGGAUUAUCUGCGCCUGCCGCACCUGAUGAAGCGCAAGAACAGCUAUCGCGAGGACGAGAAGCUGAUGAAGGAGGCCGAUCUGCUGGCGCUGAGAAACUUCAUAGCCACGAAGAAGCCGCACGUUGUCGUGGUGGCCGGCGAAUCUCGAGAAGCGAUGAUGAUCGCCGCCGACAUCAAGGAGUGCGUCGAUCACCUGACGAAGGAGGAGCAAUUCCCCGCCAUUCAAGUGGAGAUCUGCGACAAUGAACUCGCCAAGAUCUACUCCAACAGUAAUAAGGGCGUGUCGGAGUUCCGGGACUAUCCGGAGCUGCUGCGCCAGGCCAUCUCGCUGGCGAGGAGAAUGCAGGAUCCGCUGGUGGAGUUCUCGCAGUUGUGCACGGCGGACGAGGAGAUUCUCUGCCUCAGAUACCACAGUCUGCAGGAUCAGCUGCCCAAGGAGGAGUUGCUGGAGAAUUUGUACCUGGAGUUCGUCAAUCGCGUGAACGAAGUCGGCGUGGACGUGAACAAAGCGGUUCAACAGGCGUAUUGCGGCAAUCUCGUUCAGUUCGUAUGCGGUCUCGGCCCGCGCAAGGGUCAAGCACUGAUCAAGAUGUUGAAGCAGACGAAUCAGCGGCUGGAGAAUCGCACGCAGCUUGUCACCGCUUGCCAUAUGGGGCCGAAAGUGUUCAUCAAUUGUGCCGGUUUUAUCAAGAUCGAUACGAACAGUCUGGGCGACAGUACCGAGGCGUACGUUGAAGUGCUGGACGGUUCGCGCGUGCAUCCCGAGACUUACGAGUGGGCGAGAAAAAUGGCGGUCGACGCGUUGGAGUACGACGACGAGGACGCCAAUCCUGCUGGCGCACUGGAGGAGAUACUCGAGUCGCCGGAACGUCUGAAGGAUCUCGAUCUCGAUGCGUUCGCGGAGGAGCUCGAACGGCAGGGUUUCGGCAACAAGUGCGUCACUUUGUACGACAUCAGGGCUGAGCUGAACAGCCGGUACAAGGAUCUGCGCGUGCCGUAUCAGUCGCCCAGCGCGGAGAAGCUGUUUGACGUUCUGACGAAGGAGACACCCGAAACGUUUUACAUCGGCAAGCUGGUAUUGGCCACUGUGGUCGGCAUCGGUCACCGGAAGCCGCAGGGCGAGCAGCUCGAUCAGGCGAAUCCGGUGCGAAACGAGGAGACCGGCCUGUGGCAAUGUCCGUUCUGCUUGAAAAACGACUUUCCCGAGCUGUCGGAGGUGUGGAAUCACUUCGACGCUGGUUCCUGCCCGGGUAAAGCCACCGGUGUUAGACUGCGAUUGGAUAACGGUAUAUCCGGUUAUAUUCACAUUAAGAAUUUGUCCGAUCGACACGUCGCCAAUCCCAGCGAGAGAGUCGGCAUGGGCCAGAUCAUUCAUUGCCGCAUUAUCAAAAUCGAGGUGGAUCGGUUUAGCGUUGAGUGCACUAGCAAGAGCAGCGACCUCGCCGACAAGAAUCAUGAAUGGAGGCCGCAACGAGAUCCAUUUUACGAUACCGAGACCGAGCAGAAAGACAUAAAGACGGAGGAAGACGCGAAGAAGGCGAAGCAGCGGCAAAUCUACGUUAAGCGCGUGAUCGUCCAUCCAUCGUUCCAUAACAUCAGCUUCGCCGAGACCGUUAAGCUGAUGCAAACGAUGAAACAGGGUGAAGCAAUAGUGAGACCGAGCAGCAAAGGCGCCGAUCACUUGACAGUCACGUGGAAGGUUACCGAUGACAUCCUGCAGCACAUCGAUAUCCGCGAGGAGGGCAAGGAGAACGCCUUUUCCUUAGGACAGAGUCUGUGGAUCGGUAACGAGGAGUUCGAAGAUUUGGACGAAAUCAUUGCUCGACAUGUCAAUCCUAUGGCCGCUUACGCUUCCGAAUUAUUGGACUUUAAGUAUUACAAGCCCUCUGUAGAGGGAAUCAAGGACAAAGCUGAGGAGAUAUUGAAGGAGCAGAAGAAGGAAAACCCUGGUGGAAUCCCCUAUAUAGUAUCGGCGGCUAAGAACUAUCCCGGGAAGUUUCUGCUCUCAUAUUUGCCUCGCACUCGCUGCCGCCAUGAAUAUGUCACGGUGACGUCGGAGGGCUUCAGAUUCCGGGGACAGAUGUUCAGCAGAGUGAGCGACUUGUUACGUUGGUUUAAGGAACAUUUCAGAGAUCCAGUUCCGGGACAAUCUACUCCCAGCACGCCGCGCGGCGCGAUGACUUCCAGGACACCUUAUACGACACCGGGCGCAGUCAGUGGUAUGAACCAAGAGGCCAUCCAGCGAGUCGCGCAGAAUCUUCCGCACCAUAUGCUGCACUCGCUGUCGCAGGUGGCGAAUCAAACGCCGCAUCACUAUCCGCCGCACACUCCGGGAGCAGCCGGCGCGGCCAAUUACGGCGGCGUGCACACGUAUCCGAACACGCCGUACACGCCAUCCGGCCAAACUCCGUUCAUGACCCCGUAUCAGACGCCGCAUCACACGCCGCAUCACACGCCGCAUCACGGCCAGCCCACACCUAGAUACGGCCAGCAGACCCCCAGUCAUCAUCAGGGACCGUUUGUGCAUCCGCCGCCGCCCUCGAUGACCCCCAGUCAUCACAGAUCUACUCAGUCGCAUAGACCUACGCCGCCCAUGUCCACUCCUUCCGGCGAUCCGACAGACUGGAAGAAGGCGGCCGAAGCGUGGGCACGACUGAAGAGCGGUCCCCGUGUCUCUGGAUCAACGCCUAGGUACGAUGAGUCAAGGAAAACUCCGCGUAAUUACGACGAAUCGAUAGGCAGAACAACGCCCUCCGGAAGAAGCAGACCGUCCUCUACACGAACCCCAUCGUACAAGUCUCCGCGCGGCACUCCGCACACGAAUUCUAGUCCGCGGAGUAUGUCCCUCAGCGGGGACGGUACUCCUUUGUACGACGAAAGCUAACGGAGUUACAUGUGCAUAGUCGAUUAUAUUUAUUAAUUACGUGAUAUGUUGUGUGCGAGCAGCGAACGCGGGUUGACGAGCACCUGUUUCGGUGCUCGGUUAUCGAUGAAAGACAGGCGUCGUUGAUUGCUCGCGUUCGAACGGAUCGCUCAAGAGGGGAGAGCCCAUUGAUUGGCCGCCGUAAGCUGCGUCGUAUCCGUACGAUUUACAGCAAUUCUAGUGCUAUCACAUCAGUGUGAUCUAUUUAUUUUGUAGCGAUUUCUUCCUACAGUGUACAUAAAGUCUAUGGGAAAUCCGCUGAAGGCCUAGAAGCACGCCCGGCAAUUUUCUUGACUCAUUUUCACACACUUUGACGGCACCGAUGGAAAGUAUCGUAAUUGCAAAAACCACAAUUUUCUUUCAGAAGAAUCAUUUGUACGAUCUUUUUCUUCUCAAAUGCUCUUCGUUACAGUCGCACUAUUGAAUCGAGACGAAAAGGAACUACAAUGAAUUAGAGUUGCAAUAUUUUUUGAAACGUAAUUGUAAUCGAAGAUGCUUGAGAAUACAGUUACAAUAUUUUGCAUCAAUGCUAUCGGCAUAUUAGAUUGUAAAAUACACACGGAGAACCGAUUGCUCGAACUAUUAAUAAUGUUAGCGGUACAGCCGCGGCUCUUAAGCGCGGCAUUAUGUAUAUUAAAUAGUCUUUAUAUAUAAAAUUCCAUAUAGUAUAUCGUUUUAGGAUAUAGUCACAUUUGUUUGAAAUUACUUGAAUAGCUUGCGUUUAUUUAAUCCUCAUUUAAAAGAGCAUCUUAUCUUGUGUAAAAAUGUGCAAAAUCGCAAAAAAAAAAACUACUAUUUUGUAAUCUGCCUCAGUUAUUUACAACCUUUAUUCGAAUAUAUAUGUACCAACAAAUUAUGUAUGUACCAACAAAUUAUAUAUGUUUCUUAAAUACUUAGAACAGAUGGUAUUUCGUACAUACAAUUUAUACAGUUGUUAAACAGUAAUAUGAAACACGAAA